AAUUUAUAUUAUGAAACAUUAGUUUACAUUGUACAAUUAUUAAUUAAAAUAUAAUAAAAUUCAAUGGAAAACAGCGGUGAAAGUGGAGAAGACAGUGGUUCAAUAGGUACUACGGCAUUUCUCGCUAGUAGCAGUAUAGCUAGCUCGUACAUCAGUAUGCAAUCGGAUGACAUGGAAGAUGAUCCUGAAAAUACAGAUGAUUCAAAUCCUGGAAAUUGUGAUCCCUUACAAGGAGUUAAUAUGUCUUCCUCUAGUGGUCCAUUACGAGAACAGGACCGUUUCCUUCCCAUUGCCAAUGUUGCAAAAAUUAUGAAACGGGCUAUUCCAGAAGCUGGAAAAAUAGCAAAAGAUGCUAGAGAAUGUGUUCAAGAAUGUGUUUCUGAAUUUAUUUCUUUCAUUACAUCAGAAGCUAGUGAUCGUUGUCAUAUGGAAAAAAGAAAAACUAUUAAUGGUGAAGAUAUUUUAUUUGCUAUGACAACUUUAGGAUUUGAUAAUUAUGUAGAGCCAUUGAAAAUGUACUUACAAAAAUACAGGGAAGCAACAAAAGGAGAUAAUCCUUCAUCAAACACUGGUAUUGUUUGCAAUAAUGAGGAUAGAAAAAAUGAAAAUUCUCAUUCAACUAUUUAUGAGGACCAAAUUUUUACUAUAGCUACUCCAAAUGAUGUUACAUCAUCAGAAACACCAAUUAUAUAUAGUUAUUCUACUUCAGAUCAAAUGCAAUUUCAUUUAUCAUAAAUUUCAUGUAGUUCUUUUAGUUGUUUUGCACCUAUUGUCAACAUGGAAAGAAAUUCCCCCUAUUAUUAAAUAAUGGUGUUUCAUCGCUAUGUAUAUAUGAUUAUUAGA